UCGUUAGCAAUUUGACCGGAUCAUCUUUGCUCGAAAUCGCGGCUCUUACAGUAACUCUCCCUAUUUUGGUACUUAUUCGCCACUCCUUCAACUCCAUUCCCAUAUCUGGCUUAGGUGGUUUGGGCAUUUGGAGAGGAGAUAUGUAGAUUUUGUGGUAAAGAGAGUAGAUCAGAUGGAGAGACGUCAAACAGCUAGAGGUAGAGGAAGACUGGGAAAAACUAUAAGAGGAGUUAUUAAGAAAGAUCCCGAGAUUAACAAUUUGGAUAGAAGUAUGGUCCUGGAUAGAACAUUAUGGCGAAAGUUGAUCCAUGUAGCCGACCUCACUUAGUAACUCCCUGAAGAAGAAAAAUGACGAUGCACCAUCUGAGCAUAGGGGUUUUAAAGCUUACCUAUCUACAUUGACUCUGGAUUUUCUUGUCAUAGUUGUUCCUAUGCUCUUAUUUUUCACUGUACUUGCUGACUGGAGCUAUAUAAUAGCAAGUUUAUUCACAAUCUUAACAUUGCUUUAUAUUGCAGUGAAGAGGCCUGGUGGUUCAUCUCCUGUUUUAGAAGAACCCAAUUCUUUUAGGGCAUAUAUUACUUCCUACAGGGUUAUUGUGAUGAUUAUAACAAUCUUGUGCAUCUUAGCUGUUGAUUUCAGAAUCUUUCCUAGAAGAUAUGCGAAGACUGAAACAUACGGAGCUAGUUUGAUGGAUCUUGGAGUUGGAGCAUUUGUUUUAGCAAAUUCAUUUGUUUCUCGUCAAGCGCGGAAUAUUGCUUCUGUAAACUGGAAGACUGCAAUAGUUUCAUCUAGUCCACUUAUCUUCUUAGGAUUUUUUCGUCUUGUUACAACAACUGGUGUGGAUUAUCAGGUCCAUACGAGUGAAUAUGGUGUGCAUUGGAACUUUUUCUUUACGCUUGCUGCUAUCUCGAUCCUUACAUCCUUUAUUAAUAUUCCCCCACAAUAUUCUGGAGUUUUUGGAUCACUAGUCCUAGUAGGUUAUCAGUUCAGUUUGAUGAACGGUUUAAACCAUUACUUGCUUUCUAAUGAAAGAGGAACGGAUAUCAUAAGUCAAAACAAGGAGGGGAUUUUUAGCAUAUUUGGAUAUUGGGGUAUGUACCUUAUCGGCGUUCAUUUAGGAAACUAUCUUAUCUUUGGAACCCAUUCCUCUGCAAUUAAAAGUAGCAAAUGGGUUCGGACGAGAGUUUGGGUUCUAGCAAUCCUGUUUUGGUUAUUAACUGUGCUUCUAGAUAGGCACGUCGAAAGAAUUUCACGGAGAACGUGCAACCUGCCAUAUGUUACUUUGGUGGUGGCUGACAAUUUACAGCUAUUAUCAAUUCUAACACUGGCCGAUCUUAUUCCGGGAAUUAAAACUUCAGUACUCGAAGAAGCAUUUAAUCGGAACUUACUAGCUACAUUUCUUCUGGCUAAUCUCCUCACCGGGUUGGUAAACUUGUCUGUUGAUACCCUCUCUGCAUCAUCAACCACAGCUCUUUUUAUCUUGCUUUUAUAUUCUUAUAUUUUAUCAAUUGUUAUUGGAAUUGCUGAUUAUUUUGAUAUGAAGUUAAAAUUUUGGUGAAGUGUGUUGUAAUCUGUUGAAUCUAGAACGUGUGACAACUAUGAUUGGUAGUAAAAUGACAAAUCUUAUCUUAAUGACACUUCAUAUUAAGGACAAAUAACCAUCUCGUUGACCACAAAAAAAAAGAUUACUUUUUCACUUCACAUGUAAUGGCAUGCUAUUUCAGCAUGGAUAGUGACAUACCACACUCAAAGAAUGCAACUAACAACAACUCAUGCUUUAGUGUUUUUUGUGUGUUUGAUAUGUUUCAUUUUCAUACCUAGUUUUGAAAACUCUGGAAAGUGAAAAAGGUGAUUAUAAGGGUUAAAAGAAGCAUCAAUGUUCUAGGACAACAAGAAAGAAGGUGAAAAAUUGUAUUAUGGGGAUCUGAGUAAUAUAGCUCAAGUGAUGAGGACCUGCAUGCAAUGUGCUUUUUCGAGAAGGGUAGCUUACAUACAGUCACAUGGUUAAUCCAGCAGAGUCUGACAGUUUGGACCAUGGUCCUAGUUCAAUUUCUGUCUUUUGGUGUGUCCUCAUCCUCACACUAUGAGCCUGAAUUCUGGUGGUUUGUGCAAUAUUUCCAUUUUUUUUUAUUAUCUAAAAACUUGCAGAGAGACAGAGCACAUUGUUUAUAAUAGUAACAAAAAUGCUUUUAUUUAUCCGAUGAAGUAGUAAGAGAGAAGUGAACAUUAGAAACUGUGAAAUAAGGCAAGUUGAAUAUUAUAAUUGUUAACGUUUUGAUUGCUAGAUUUAAGGAUUUAACUAAUAGAUAUAUAUGAAUAUAUAUGAUGCAAAUUUUUUGUGCU